AAAGUACCUAUUGACGGUCAAACAUGUGGAGGUUAUAAAAAAGCAUGAACUGUUUGCAAAUUGCCUCUUGAAUUAACGCUGUUGUAUACAUAUUGACAAUGUUUUGUCCCGAGGUACCUCAAAUCGGUUUGGAUAUGACUUGUUGAAUAUUUUGGUAGCCUAUUAACACCUACGAGUUGUCAAAAGAUGGGAGAAUUUUUAGUUCACCAUGUAAGAUUGUUUGAUUUUGUGCCAAAAGCCAUUCACUGUUUGGCAAGUGACGAAGACACACAAAGACUAGCGGUGUCCAGAUCAGAUGGUUCAGUAGAAAUCUGGAGUGCCAAAGACAACUGGUUUCAGGAAAAGAUAAUACCUGGUCAAGAAGACCAGUCAGUGGAGGCCUUGGUGUGGUGUCAACAGAGGCUGUUCAGUGGUGGACUUCAAGGAGACAUCACUGAGUAUGACCUGAUGCAGUUAUCUCACAAGGGUACACAUCCGUCUAAUGCCGGGGCAGUGUGGUGUUUGGUUGCCAACAGUAAACAAACACAUAUAGCUGCGGGAACAGAGGAGGGCUGUAUAGUUAUAUUUGAGCUCACAGAGGAGGGCCUGGUAUAUGAUAAAGCAUUAGACAGACAAGAGGGUCGUAUCCUGUCCCUGGCGUGGCACGAGGGUGGGGAGAUGAUGGUCAGUGGUGGUAUAGAUAACAUCAGGAUAUGGAGUGUCCAGUCUGGCCAUGCCGUCCAGAGACUGACCCUUGGAAGACAGGACAGAAAUAAGGACACCAUUGUGUGGAGCAUUGCAGUGACACAGGAUUUUACCAUCAUAAGUGGAGAUUCCAGAGGGAAGACCACAUUCUGGAAUGGCAAACAAGGCACUGCUUUGAAGAGUUACCAGAGUCAUAAGGCUGAUGUGCUCUCAGUCUGUGCUAGUCAGGACGGUACGUCAGUGUUUGCCAGUGGGGUGGACCCUGCUCUCGCACAGUUUGAGUACACAGCUGCACAGGCCAAUAGCGACUGGAAGAUGUGGGUGAGGUCAAGCGUACGCAAUCAGCACACACAUGACGUGCGUGCAGUCACAAUAGCUGGAGAUAGUGUUAUAUCAGGAGGUGUUGACUGCCAGUUAAUAGUUAACAAGAUUACCAAGAAGAAAGGCAACAAAAGAUGGAGGAGAAUCCCUCCCGUGCCACAGAGUCAGCAGUUAGUUGAUGUGGCUCCUGAUGCCAAUGUUGUGAUGUUCCAGUAUACAGAUUUCUUAGAAUUGUGGAAAUUAGGAUCUACCAAUAAAACAUCUGACAAAGAUGGCGAGAUACUCCAGCUGAAAAACAACCCAGUGAAACUGCUUCAGCUGAAGUCAAAGGGCAAUGAGACCAUUGUGACGUCUGCCAUUUCCAGCAAGGCAAACUUUGUGGCUUACUCUGAUUCAGACAGUAUAAGGCUGUAUCAAGUCUCCAUUGUGGAAUCGGAGGAGAUUACUCCACAAGUAUCUGUCCAACGCCUGCGAGACGUUCCGAUGUCGCUACUUCCUGCCCAUGUGUUGUGUUUCGCCAGGGAUGGUGGCCUCUUGAUCUCAGCAGCCAGUAAUGGCACCAUUCAAUACAUGUCUACAGAUAAGCUUGAGGCAGUGACGAUACAACCACCAGGGAAAUUUGCUCCAAUCCACCUGCUGGCAGUCAGUGCAGACCAGAGGUUCCUGGCCACAGGAGACCAUGACAGCAAUGUUCAUGUGUAUGACCUUCAGAAACAAAAGCAUCACUGCAGCCUUCCCCAUGCAGACAGCCAGCCAACAGCACUCUCCUUCCAUCCUGACACUGGGGACCUGGUUGUAGCCUACUGUGAUCAAAAGAUAGUGGAAUUUAACACAGUAGAUAAAGAAUAUACCUCUUGGUGUCGCCAGUUGCUUUCACAUCUCCCUUCCCAGUGGAGCAGACGACACAGUAAGAUCAACCAUAUCGCCUUCAAUCCAAAGGCUCCACACCAAAUAUUGCUUCACGAUGAACAGAUGCUGUGUAUACUGGAUAAAACUCAGCCUUUUCCAAGUUCAGAUGUGAACCUAUAUAACAAGUCCACCUUGCACAGUCAGCAACAACAAAAAUCCAAGUCUGGCACUCUGGAGCAUUGCUUUCAUAUGUGUACCAGAUAUAAGUAUCUGAUGCAUGUGGAGACUGUGGGAGACAACUAUUUAGUUGUUGUAGAGAGGACGCCAUCUUCAAUGACGGAGGGGCUGCCACCAGCAUUGGUGAAACAUAAGUUUGGGACAUAAAACAGCGUGGUUAGGAGGACAACGUUCAUGUCUGGAGAUGGUGGAAUUAGUUCUUGCCUAUCAAGAUGACUAAUUGGAAAAUUUUCAGAAAUGGUUUAGAUUGCUGCAUUAAAAAUAAUGGACAAGAAUAAGAAAAAAAUGUUUCUCACCUUUGGCUGAUAUUAUACUGUUAUCAUACCACAUGAUAAUGGUCAUGGCCACCAUAAAGGUCCUCAGAUUUAAGGUGAUGGUCAUGGCCACAAAAAAGGCCCUUAGAUUCAAGAUGAUUGUCAUGGUCACCUGGAAGGGCCUCAGAUUCCAAGAUGGUCAUGGUCACCGUGAAGGUCUUCAGAUUCUGAUUACCAUGAAUUGUGAUAUCCUCAAAACCCAGAAAAAAUGGUCUUUGCUGCCUGAAAGUAGAUUUUAGGUUAGUCAUUGUUAUGUAGACCUGAUAACUAUGUUGUUACCAUCUUUAACAUAAAUGAUGGGUUAUAUCCAAAGGUCCAACAGUUUUUAGCAGGAAUAUAUCAGCAGCAUUGUUACCAAGUUGCAGAUUUUCAUGAGAAAAUUUGUGAAAAUACAGUGGUCUGUGACAUUAUCACAAGACAUUGAACAGAAUUUGGUUUAAGGGAGUGAAUACCAACUGACAUGGAAUUGUGAAUAAAAACAAUAUGAUGAAUGUCUUUCAUUGUUUGAUGUUGUGUUGGUAGAAUAGUCAAUGGUCAGCUGAAGGAUGGGCUUAUAACUUGUGUCUCGUAGGUAGAAAAUAUGUGUAGUCUCAUUAGAGAGGUUCUCUUACUUUAACAAAGAAUCAUGUUUUGUUAAAUAAUCUCAACGGAAUUCAAAUCUCUAAACAUCUCAGGGACUGGAGUGGUUGUAGUACAAUUCAGUUGAUAUUUUAAUUAUUUCUGGAUCCACAGUAUUGAAAUGUAUGAAAAUAUGUGAAAUGGAGGCAAGUGAAGCGAGUCAAAAGUUCUCUGUUUCAUUGGUUUGUUUCAACAAUGACAAUAUUUAAACAGAAUCUGAAGAAAAUCUAUAAAUGCAAAUAUAAGAAAAUUACUGUUCAAGGUAAAGAUUAUAGCUUUUAUGCAGUCUUUUUUUUUAUCAAAUAUCAAGUGAAAACCCCUUUUUGAAAAGUGCACAAGACUUCCAUUCUACUUCAGGCUUUAAAGUACAGACCUGGUAGUUGUACGCAGCAAAAAUAUUUGAGACCUCAUUCACAACCAAAGUUGAUCCACAGACUAAUCCAAUCAAACAUGGCUGACCCACUUGAAAGCUUACUGUAUAAUC